AUGCUGCUCAGAGCGGCUCAAUCUCCGUGCUGGCGCACAGCACGGUACAUACAUCCGAGCUUCGCCGGCCGGGCACGGUGGAUAAGCCCGAAUGGCAUCCAGCAGCACAGAAUCCAGUUGCGGGUGUUCACCUCUGGCAGUCCAUGGCGGAACCAAUCGACCGAUGGCAAGGACCCAACCUCUGCAAGGAAUAACUCCACACCCACUGCUACUGCCGCCGAAUUGGCCAAUGCCGCUAGUGUCCAGAAACCUGCCGGUAGCGAGACAAAGAAUACCCCGAAGAAAGACUUGUUGGGUGAGUCAACUAUCGCAAGUAAGGAACAGCGCAAGGCAGACUGGGCUAUCAUGCGAGAGAUGGCGAAGUAUUUGUGGCCAAAGGAUGACUGGGGAACCAAGCUUCGAGUUGGAACUGCACUCUCACUGCUUGUGGGUGCGAAGAUUCUUAAUGUGGAGGUUCCUUUCUACUUUAAGAACAUUGUCGACUCCAUGAACGUUGAUUUCGCCACCCUCGGUGGAACGGCAUACACCGUAGCGGGCUCCAUGAUCAUAGCUUAUGGCGCAACCCGCAUUGGAGCCACUAUCUUCCAAGAACUGCGUAAUGCAGUCUUCGCCAGUGUCGCCCAAAAGGCUAUUCGCAGAGUUGCCCGGAAUGUCUUUGACCACCUUCUCCGACUGGAUCUCAACUUCCAUCUCUCGCGCCAGACAGGUGGUCUCACACGCGCCAUUGAUCGUGGAACGAAAGGUAUCAGCUUCUUGCUGACAUCCAUGGUGUUCCAUGUGGUGCCCACGGCACUUGAGAUCUCGCUCGUGUGUGGUAUUCUAACCUACCAAUAUGGUCUCCAAUUCGCCGCCAUCACAGCUACUACCAUGGUAGCAUACACGGCAUUCACCAUUACCACCACCGCCUGGCGCACCAAGUUCCGUCGACAGGCCAAUGCUGCCGACAAUCGCGGGGCUACCGUGGCUGUAGAUUCCCUGAUCAACUAUGAGGCCGUCAAGUACUUCAAUAAUGAGAAGUUCGAAGUUGCCCGCUACGACAAGGCUUUAAAGAACUACGAAGAUGCCUCUAUCAAAGUCACCACCUCCCUGGCCUUGCUGAACUCUGGCCAGAACAUGAUCUUCUCCACUGCGCUGGCCGCAAUGAUGUAUCUGGCAGCCGACGGCGUGGCCACGGGUACCCUGACGGUCGGCGACCUGGUCAUGGUCAACCAACUGGUUUUCCAGCUCUCUGUGCCGCUCAAUUUCCUGGGCUCGGUCUACCGUGAACUGCGCCAGUCUCUACUGGACAUGGAGACCCUGUUCAACUUGCAAAAGGUGAAUGUCACUAUUCAGGAGAAGCCCAACGCGAAGCCACUCGAGUUGAAGCGCGGCGGCGAGAUUCGCUUCGAGAACGUCACUUUCGGCUACCACCCCGACCGUCCGAUCCUGAAGAAUGUGACGUUCACCAUCCCCGCUGGUUCCAAGUUUGCCAUCGUGGGUCCCAGUGGCUGCGGCAAGUCGACUAUCUUGCGUCUACUCUUCCGCUUCUACGACACCCAGUCCGGUCGGAUCUUGAUUGAUGGUCAGGAUGUGCGCGACGUGAGCCUCGACAGCCUCCGGCGGGCCAUCGGUGUGGUGCCCCAGGAUACACCACUCUUCAACGACACCAUCGCACACAACAUCCGCUACGGUCAGAUCGAUGCGACGGACGAAGAAGUGCGCCAUGCGGCCGAGCGCGCCCGCAUCAGCGAGCUGAUCGAGCGACUGCCGGAGGGGUACGAGACCGCGGUCGGCGAGCGCGGCAUGAUGAUCUCUGGCGGCGAGAAGCAGCGACUGGCGAUUUCGCGACUGUUGCUGAAGGACCCUCACCUGUUGUUCUUUGAUGAAGCGACCUCGGCCCUAGACACCUACACCGAACAGGCGCUCCUGCAGAACAUCAACAGCAUUCUGAAAGAAAAGAGCCGCACGAGCGUGUUUGUCGCGCACCGGCUGCGGACGAUCUAUGAUAGUGACCAGAUCCUGGUGCUCAAGGAUGGCCAUGUGGCGGAGAUGGGGUCACACCGGGAGUUACUCGAUCUGGAGGGCGUCUAUGCGGAGCUCUGGAAUGCCCAGGAACUGUCGCUGGCCCACGAGGGGGAGGAGGCCCCGGCGGACGAGAAGAAGAUCGAGUAA